AUGCAUCCAGAUAAGUGCUUACCUGAACUGGUGGCCGAAAAAAAGAGCGUGGACCCCUCCUUUGUGCAUGCGGCGCGACUGCUUGCAGAAGAGAUUGAAAAGUAUGAAGGUGAUGAAUUGAGAAAAGAUGGUGACACGAAGAAAUACCUAGAUAUCAUCAGCAAUAAAAAUAUCAAGCUCUCCGAAAGAGUUCUCAUUCCAAUCCAACAGUAUCCAAAGUUUAAUUUUGUCGGGAAGUUGCUGGGACCACGGGGAAAUUCCAUGAAACGAUUACAAGAGGAGACGGGAGUGAAGAUGUCAAUCCUUGGCAAAGGGUCCAUGAGGGAUAAAGGCAAGGAAGAAGAAUUAAGGAAAAGCAGGGAGGCCAAAUACGCCCAUCUGAGUAAUGAUCUUCACGUUUUAAUUGAAGUCUUUGCUCCACCUGGAGAGGCCUAUUCCCGCAUGAGUCACGCCUUGGAGGAGAUAAAGAAAUUCCUAGUUCCAGACUACAAUGACGAGAUCAGACAGGAGCAACUGAGAGAGCUCUCGCUGUUGAACGGCUCCGACGAGUCGAGCAGAGGGAGGAGUGCGCAAGGGAGGACUGCACGACCAGCAACCACAAUAUCCACGGGGAGCCACAGAGGCACAGGAAGGAGUGCAGCAGCACCUCGGGGGACAGCGGCAGCGACGCACGGCAAACUUCCCACGACUGUUUUGACGAGGGAGGUACAAGCUCCGAGAGCCAGGGGGGCAGCAGGGAGUGCAGGAUACAGACCCCCGCUGUUAGCAGUCACACAUGAAUCAUACGACGACUAUGGCUACGAUGACGGGUACGGUGGAGAAUAUGAUGACGAGAGUUACGAAGCCUACGAGGAUAACUACAGCAAUCAGUCCAAGAGCAUUUCAGAAUAUUAUGGACAUGGCACCAGUGAUGAAUCCUACAACAAUUAUGAGGAGGAGUGGGCAACUACUCGUCCCAGUCUCAAAGCCCCAAUUUUACGGCUGACAAGAGGGGGCUACAGAAAACAUCCCUAUGGUAGAUACUGAAGGUGCUCCAGAUAUGUGACCUCCAAUUUCAAACUUUUUAUAUAUUAUUUUUUAAUUCCUCAUAAAAUGUUGUAACUUUUGCUUUUUUGUUUGUUUCCUUCAGAAAUUUAAAUAAAAAAUAACCUCAAAGUCACACAAAUCCUCAAACUUGAACAAUUAUUGCAGUUUUCAGAUUGUGUUAUUCAUACAGGAUAGAGUCCGUUUCUCUUUUUUAAAUGCGAGGAAAUUAAAAGAGAAAUUCAUCCAUGUACAGGAAGGUUGUUCUUAGAAUUGGCUUUUUAAAUAUCCUUCAUUCCACCUCUGGUAAUUAUUUCAGAUGUUUGAUAUUAAACUGCAGAUCAUUUCUUCUAAGUUAUGUCUCUGAUUUUGACAAAUUAGUUUCCAUUCUUUGCCUUUAAUGCAGUUAUUAUUAUAUUAAGGUUUACAGGACAACAAUAUGUUUGCCUUUCAAGAUGCUCAGACUAAGCAAUCAUAAAGUCAUCAUUUCUUUGUUCCUCUGGGUCAGCGUCACAGAACUCUGCGUCAAAGUUGUCAGACUUGGGUCCUGAGAAGCUUGUCUUUUUCUCAGGACAUCGUGAGACAUCCCAUGUUGUCUUCCCCUAUGACAAACUACGUGGACAAAAGUCAAAAUCUUCUCACUUUUUAGGUGUGUCGUUAUACAAAUGUGUGCCCCUGUAAGUGCGAAAGGUAGUGAGAAACUAGGCCUACUUUUAUGAAAUUACGUAUUUUUAUUUUUGAAUAGGUAUUCCACAACAAAUAGGCAGUUUUCCCAAACGACGAACUAACCCGUCUUAGCUCAUUGUGGUUCACCCAUAAUUAGUUUACAGGCAGAGUGAAUCUUAAACCAGGAAGAGCCGCAGAGCAGAUGUUACUUCAAAUUUAAAAUGAGCUUUCUCAACCUCCAUCACCUUCCUCCACAGUUCCCUGAUUGGUCUGGCUGUGGGCUCGGUCUGGUUUAAGUGAAUCCUUUCCAGACUAAUACACUACAGCGAAAACUUAACCUUGUCAGAUUACGACUGGCUUCUUCUAGACAAAUUUGUUUUCCACAAAUGUAUUCAUUGUUUGGCUUGUUUAAAAAAGAUAAAUCAAAAGCAGUUUUGUGGUUCCACUUGCAUCUUGAAGCGUCUGCAGACAAGUGUUGCCGUUUGGAUUCCAACUGUGGCUUUCACUUUUUAUGGUGACAGACAGAGAAACACAAACUGCUCCGAACACAAACGACCUAACAAACUCCAUUAAAGGCAACAGAUGGAAACCUCAAGACAUGAAUGCAAAGAGACUCAAUGACCUGCACAUUUCUUAUAAAAAUGUUUAAUGUUCAGAAAUCUAAAUCGAACCUCAAGUUUCCCCCUAACUGAUUGCUAUAUGAACCUCUGAUGACUUCAUGGUAAAACUGAGUUGAUAUGACUAAAGUUAGCCUAAGUUAUAUUGUGACUUUAAAUGAUAUAAGAUGUGAGAUCGUAAUCGUGCAAAACCUUCUUCUUCUUUUUGUUUGGGUUGAAAGCAAUCAGCAAUGUACAGUAUGUCAUUUAUAAUGCGUGCUUUGUUCUGUGUGUAAUCUGUAUUUGUACAUAAAGCAUUUAAUAAAAACAACAUAAACCUCAACACAGUGUGUAAGACUCUCUAAAUAGGAGGCUAUGGAGCUAUAAAUUUGUAUUUUUUGUUAACAUUAACAUCUGCUUUCAGGUAACAGCU